AUGGUCAAGAAAGCAGGAGUUUUAGGAGCCACUGGUUCCGUAGGACAAAGAUUCAUACUAUUAUUGUCGCAGCAUCCCGAAUUUAAAAUCCAUGCAUUGGGUGCCUCCUCUAGGUCAGCAGGUAAAGCUUAUAAGGACGCUGUAAGCUGGAAACAAACAGACAUAUUACCAGAGACGGCACAAAACGUAGUCGUGCAAACUUGUGAACCAGAAGGCAACUUCAAAGAAUGUGACAUCGUCUUCUCCGGAUUGGAUUCAGACGUUGCUGGUGAAGUUGAGAAAAAGUUUGUUGAGGCAGGUUUGGCAGUUGUGUCCAACGCAAAGAACUACAGAAGAGAAAAGGAUGUUCCUUUGGUUGUUCCAAUUGUAAAUCCCGAACACUUGGAUAUUAUAGAAAACAAAGUCAAGAACGCCAAGGCCGAAGGAAAGAAGACUGGUUAUCUCAUCUGCAUCUCCAAUUGUUCCACAGCUGGUUUGGUUGCCCCAUUGAAACCAUUGGUAGAAAAGUUUGGUCCAAUUGACGCAUUAACUGCAACUACAUUGCAGGCCAUUUCCGGUGCCGGAUUCUCUCCUGGUGUAUCUGGUAUGGACAUUUUGGACAAUAUAGUCCCAUAUAUUAGUGGAGAGGAAGACAAGUUGGAAUGGGAGACAAAGAAAAUCCUCGGAUUACUCAACAAAGAAGGAACUGAAGUCGUAAACAUACCUGACGAGGACAUGAAAGUGAGUGCUCAAUGUAACCGUGUUCCAGUUAUAGAUGGACACACCGAGUGUAUCUCGCUUAGAUUUGUCAAGAGACCACCUCCAUCUGUCGAGGAUGUCAAGAAGGCUUUGAGAGAAUACGAAUGUGAUGCAGCUAAACUAGGUUGUCAUUCAGCACCAAAGCAAACAAUUCACGUCUUGGAACAAGCUGACAGGCCACAACCCAGAUUAGAUAGGGAGAGAGACAAUGGAUAUGGAGUGUCCGUGGGAAGAAUCAGAGAAGAUUCAUUAUUGGACUUCAAGAUGGUUGUUUUGUCCCACAAUACUGUCAUUGGUGCUGCUGGGUCCGGUAUUUUGAUUGCAGAAAUCUUGAAUGCCAAGGGUUUAAUUUAA